AUGCUCAUCGCCAACCGACCAGGAGUCCACCGUCAUUACCAGUACACGCAGAUCCCACCGAUUCGCGUGCCUGUUGUACCGCUUAAACGGGGAGGAGGAGAACGGAGAUCAAGCUGCGCGCAAACCACGUUUGGUGAAAGCUGGCCAGGUCCAUUGGAUCGUGGAAGUGCAAAGCAGCCGGUGUGUCUAGACUUCCAGGACCUAGCACAGCAGCCUCCUCCGGCUCCUGUGCUACCUUCAAGUCGGGCCGGGUAUUCGUGGCAGCGACUUCAAGAAACAAUUCGUCGCGAAUCCCAAGUUCACGGGAUCACGAAAGACGAAGAUGAAGCAGCACUCGAAGACAAGUCGAAUGGUAAGGCAGGAGAUCGUGAACGGCAGACGAAUGACGUACCGGAGACUGGCAGCAGAUUCUAUUGGACUCGAAGCCGGGGCUCGAUUGUAUGA